CAUUUAUCCCUUUCUCUAAAUAAAACUUCCCCUCCCGCCACCAAAAUGUCAGAUUCAGAUAACGAAAUAUCAAGAGGUGGAAGGCUUUUUGGACGUGAAAGACCCAUUCAUGAAGUUCUUGGAGGAGGAAAAGUGGCAGAUGUGUUAUUGUGGAAGGAAAGGAAUAUCUCAGCUGCACUUUUGGUGGGAAUGACAGUAAUAUGGUUUCUGUUUGAAGUUGUUGAGUAUAACUUUGUGACACUCCUUUGUCACAUCUCCAUCACCACUAUGCUAGUGUUCUACAUAUGGUCUACUUGUGCAGAAAACUUUCACUGGACUUGUCCCCAUAUACCGAAAAUUGUAUUAGAUGAUUCUGCAUUUGGAGAAGUGGCUUCAACCUUCCACAAAAGAUUCAACCAGUUACUGCCAAAGCUCCUUGAAAUUGCAUGUGGAAAAGAUCUCCCACUUUUCUUCCUGGCCAUUAUAUCUCUCUAUGCAGUGUCCGUGAUUGGAAACUAUUUCAGCUUCUUAAAUUUCCUGUAUUUUGGCUUUGUCUGUAUUGGAACACUACCAUUUCUCUACGAUCGAUACGAAGACGACGUUGAUCGUUUUGCUGUUAGAAUAGUCCGGGAGAUAAAGAGAUCAUAUAGAAGAUUGGAUUCUAAGUUCCUCAACAAGAUUCCACGAGGCCCUGUUCAUGAAAAAAAAUACAGAUGAAAAGUUGAUGAAUCAUGGAUAAUUAUGAUGCAGAACUAAUAGUAUAAUCCUACCCUGAGUUUCACAUGUAAAUUCACAGCAUGGUAUACAUAUAUAACAUCUAUAUGUUUGUGUGUACCAUUCCACUGCAUUAUUGUUGUAUAAAACUGUAAUAUAUUUACAUGUAUGAAGCUUUAAUAAAACAAUGAAAAUAAAUUGGUUUUCUUUUGAA